GAUAAAACGUACCAUAUCGUGCGCUUGACAAAAGGCCAUGACGGACAAUAUAAUGGAAAUUUCAGUAUUAAUAAGACCGUAUCGUGCACGUUGGAGGUUUUAAUCAUCACUUCAGCAAUCUCAAAAAACCUAUCCACAAUCUAUAUCACCGCAGUCACAAAUUCACGACUCGCAUUAUACACUCCCUACUCUCUGGAUACAAAACUACAAGAUCAUGACCAAUCUCAUACUUUACGAAACAACUCCAUCAGUCCUAGAGAUACUCUGGGACGUCGCCCUAGCCUACUUUAUCAUCUGCAUGGGCACAAUCUACACGGCCCUCACACUCACAACGAGCGCCCUGUUAACCUAUCUCCGCGCGGCACUUCCUCUAUGGUUAGUUCCCGGGGCCGGAGCCGAAGCCGGGGUCGGGACUGUGACCACGGUCCUCAUCUCGACCCUGAGAAUACUCCUCGCCGCCGCAUGCGCGCGAUACAUCAUUGUACGAUAUGAGAUGCCUCGGGACUGGAAAUUCAGGGCCGUGGUCUGCUGCGUGGCGGCAGUCAUGACAGCAGCGACGGCGGCCCUCGUUGGGUGGAUUGUGCCGGGACGGCUCCUAGGGGGAUGGGUUUCCGAGGCGGAACGGGGGGCGAUGAUCGCGGGGUUCAUGCCGUUGGCAUUGAUGCCGUUGGAGGGGGGAACACGGUCUUGGUUAGAUGGUGCAGUGUUACGCUCCAAAAAGGCUGGAUAUUAAGCUGGCUCUGAUUGUGAUGGCUGGGCUGGGAUAGAAAUGGGAGACGAGGUUAGCAUCUGGGAAAUUCAAAGGGUGGGGGCAUGGCAAUAGGGCUGUCGAAUCCGUGAGACGGGUGUUGACUGAAAGCUGGGACAUCGUGAGGGUAGAUGGGAACGACGUCAAGUCGGCCCAACGUAUGUAGGCGUGGUGUUAUCCUGUUGGUUGAUUUGCAACGUGUAUUAUGACGACGAUGAUGAUGAUGAUGAUGUCGCUUUGAAGUAACCUGAACUUCACGUGUUGUGGGAUACCUGGUCACUCACUGUCAAGAAGAUGGAUAAUGCCAUCAAGACGCUAGUCUCGCCAUCUCCGAACCACCUCAUGGUGAACUCCAGCAUCCACUUGUGUAUUCCAAUAUAUCCGGACAAUCAAAUGUGCAUUUACUCCGUGCCUUUUUUUAGUGUUAUUUUUAUGAGACUCGUCUCAUUUGGAAGACUCGCAACAAGUAUCCC